AAGCAAACCGAUUCAGUUAUGCGUAAACACUCGAAUCCACUGCAUUGAAUGGGGGCUAUUUGAAGUGGUGUUGUUGGUUGUACUUGUACUGUGAUAUAUUCUACUGACGACGUAAUGAUUCGUUCAUCGUCGGAAGAAUCGGACCGUGACGGGGCGUCGUCGGAGAUGCGAUCCCGCAUCAGAUACCAUCCGCUCAAGUCGCGCUCGAAAGCUUUCGUGCUGACCAGCGCGGUGUUCUCGAAUACCUUCAUCCGCAAGUACGGCAUUUUCAGUGUGAUACUGUGCCUGGGGCUGGGCUAUCUAUUCUACACCCGGGUGUUGUACCAACAGUACAUCUACCAAACCCUGCCUCUCUACCAAAAAAGCAUCCGGUUGCGAUUAGGCCACUCUGAGAAUUAUAGCGAUCAGGUGGAUCAAUGGAAGCCGAUUGGAGAUCCCUCGGACCGCCUUCAGAUCUACUCGGCCUAUUUUGAUCCUCGGUUGGAGAUUGUUCAUAACUUCAGAGUUACAGAAGGAACUCUACCAUUCGGCACCGUGCGCAUAUUCAGCAUUCUUCCACUAAAAGUUAGACGCCGAGAGAUCUACUGUCAUUUCCGGUAUGCAAACAACCGGACCGUGUGGCAUCGGGCCGACCAGGUGGAUGCAAUCCACGAAAACUUCGGAAUGGAGUUCUCGGCGUCGUACGUAGUAUGCAAACUGGUCGGUAACAAACAUCAGGUUGAUAUCGAGCUUCCGGCGGAGGUUGGGUUAACGUACGACCAGGACUUGAGUGCGAUGCAGCCGACAAGCUUCGUUGGGAUACACUAUCCCAGCCGGCACCAGGACUUUCUGCUCCGCACGCCGCCCCGCCGGAAGUUGGCCAUCUGCGUCGGGCCGGCCCAUCACAAUUACAGCAACGCGGCACGGAUCGUCGAGUUCGUCGAGUACUGGCAACUGCUCGGGGCCGAACGGUUCUACUUCUACAAUAAAUCCGUCACGGCCGAGGUGGACCGGGUGAUGAGUUACUACCGGGAGCGAAACGUGGUCGAGGUACUCCAGUGGAACCUGGAGGGAUACGAAUUCGAAAAGGAUCUGCGCUACGAGGGAAUUUUCGCUGCCCUGAACGAUUGCCUUUACCGGGCAACGCUAGUGGGAGAUUUCCACUACACAGCUCUGGUGGAUUUCGACGAAUUCCUUCUCCCGCUGAGGGUAAUAGUGCCGAAAAACAACGAUACCACCGCAGCCGUCGCCGAGGAAGAAACGCUGGUCCAAUAUUUGGAUCGCCAGGGGCGUUUCGAUGUCCAUUCGUUCAACUUUGAGGCGGUAUUUUUCUACGGAUUUUACGAGGAAGAUUUUUCCAAGUUACCGCCCGGGUGGGCAAACAAUACUUAUUUAUACACUCAGUUCCGGACUAUGCGGACCAAGAAGCCACUGAUGCAUCACAAUCGGAGCAAGUACGUGGCCGUCGGGAGAAACGUCAUCGAAGCGGGCAAUCAUUUUGUGUGGCGAGCGAUGAGAGACACCAACGAGUAUCGGGUCCCAGAAACGGAAGGUCUACUGUUUCACUAUCGGGACCUCUGCAUCGGAUAUGGCUGUGAAACGUACGUGGAAGAUACGAGUGCCCGUCGAUUUGGCAACGAAAUUCAACACUCCGUAGACAACGUUUGCCAACAGCUGUUUCCCGAAACGGGCGGAGUUUGUCCUUUGGGCGAUGAUUAAUUGAGUUUAAGUGAGUUCAAUAAACACAUUCAUGAAAACGAAUACAAA